AUGAAAAAGAAAUUGAAUAUUCCUCUUAGGAACCUUUAGCCUGAUACGUAAUUCUUGAUCUUAUCUAAUAGAGUGCCCUUUUCUGACGGAGAUGGCUUGAAGCACUGGAGAAGCUUUCGUAAUGCCAUCAACACCAUCAGGUUACUACAGAAUCCUAAAACGAAGAGAUUGAACUCUCCAGACGAACUAACCAUUAGUGGGUACAGACCUGAUGUCCUAACAAAACCAAGAUCAGAUAGCAGUCGCAACUUUAAUGAUGCUUUAAAAAAUAUUCAAAUGUAAUAAGUUCUUUUCUCAUUCAUUGAAAAAGGCUUCCCACCCAAUAUAAUAGAGGAAAUAUUAAAUAAGGAUCCGAAAAAAUAUUUCUAUGACCAAAAGAGCCAACACAGUUUAGUUAACAAAAAAAAUUAGAAAGGCAUAACACCCUUGUAUGCAGCUGCUAAAUUGGGUCAUCUAGAAAUAUGUAAAAUUUUGAUCGAAAAAGGAGCUAACCCAUAAAUACCGGUAACUAUCAAUGGGAUUGAAGAAACCCCAUUGGAAGUUGCCUAAAGAUGGAGGCAUUUAAAAAUUGUUCACUUUUUAUAACAAUAAAAUUGA